AUGAAUGACAAUAUUAAAGUAAUCUUCUUACCGCCGAAUACAACGGCGCUUAUCCAACCGAUGGAUCAAGGCGUUAUCGCGGCAUUUAAAAAAUACUACUUACGAAGGACAUUUAACAACUUGAUUGAUGCAAUUGAUAAAGAAUCUCACUGCGCAUCUGCUGAUGUAGUUCGCAAUUUUUGGGUCAAAUAUAAUGUCAUGCAAGCAGUGGAAAAUAUUAAACAAAGCUGGGAAGAAGUAUCCGCGACAACGAUGAGCCAUGCAUGGAAAAACAUAUGGACGGAAUAUACUACAUCUCGAUGUGGAUCAGAAGAAAAUUCCAACGAUUUAAAUAUAGAACUAAUUAACUUAGCGCAAACUGUUGGCUUCACAGAUGUUGAUGAAUCCGACCUUAUUGAUAUCUUGGAAACAGGUGAUGAACCAUUAACUAACGCAGAAGCAUUGGCAUUGACAGAUACUCCUAAUAAAGAUGAUAAUCUAUUAAAAAAUUCGAUGGUCGAAAAUGAGAGGGAACGCUCACAAUUCCCAAUCUCAAAGCUAUCAGAGGCUUUUAACCACAUACAGAAAGCGAUCAAUAUUUUUGAAAAAUUCGACAAAGAUGAAGAGCGAGUUAUCUCAACACGAAACUCAAUUAACAAUAGCUUGCAACAUUACAAAGAUUUGUUUACACAAAAGAAACUAUUUUUGUCACAGAAGCGGAUUGAUUCAUUUUUCAAGCCCAUUUUAUCAUCCGAUACACCUUCGUCAAGCCAAUACCAAACCUCGCAGCGCAAUAUUCCAGACGAGGAUAUCCAAAUUAUCAUGUCUGAAAUUUCAUCAGAGGACUUUACUUCAUCAACCCAAGGACAGACAUUUAGCCAGCGAAGUCUUCCAGACGAUGAUAUAAAAAUGCUCGUGUCUGAAAUUUCAUCAGCGGACACUACUUCAUCAAGCCAAAGAAGUCUUCCUAACGAUGAUCUGCAAAAGCUUUUGUCUGAAGUAUUGAUACCAAAUGAAAACUUCGAGGAGUGA